UCUUGAACCAUCGGGAAACAUUGACAUUAAAAUUCUCGAUCAGUCUCAGAAUAUUUCUCGUAUCUGAUCCAAACAUGGCCGCCAAUUUCUGGACAUCAUCACACUACAAACAGUUGUUGGACCAGGAAGACGUGGAUGUGGUGCACCCACUUGACAAAGAAAAGGGCAUCACUCUUGAGGAUUUCAAGCUCAUUAAGUUGCACAUGGCCAACUAUAUAUGGAAAUUGGCUCAAAAUGUUAAAGUGAGGCAAAGGGUUGUAGCCACUGCAGUGACAUAUAUGAGACGUGUUUACACCAGAAAGAGUAUGACAGAAUAUGAUCCGCGUCUUGUGGCUCCAACCUGCUUGUACCUGGCAUCAAAAGCAGAAGAAAGCACAGUGCAGGCCAGGCUUCUUGUAUUUUACCUUAAAAAAUUAUAUGCUGAUGAAAAGUAUAGGUAUGAUAGAUAUGAAAUCAAAGACAUCCUUGAAAUGGAAAUGAAGAUUUUAGAAGCACUCAACUAUUAUUUAGUUGUAUUCCAUCCUUAUAGAGCAUUGUCUCAGUUGCUUCAGGAUGCAAACCUGAAUGAUAUAAGUAUGACUCAAUUAACUUGGGGACUAUUGAAUGACACCUACAAGAUGGACCUUAUUCUUGUACAUGCUCCACAUCUGAUAGCUUUAGCUUGCAUUUACAUUGCUAGUGUACUAAGGGAGAAGGAUACCACUGCAUGGUUUGAAGAACUUCGUGUUGAUAUGAAUGUGGUGAAAAAUAUCUCUAUGGAGAUACUAGACUUCUAUGAAAACCACAGAAUGAUCACAGAUGAUAGAAUCAUUGCUGCUUUCAGCAAGCUAAAUUUGAAGCAGUAAAUGGUAUGGUAGCUGUUCUUCCUGCAGGAAA